GUGUGCUAUAAAUCUGUGUCUAUAUUUUUUACGUGUUUAUAUUUUUUUCCACGUAAAAUUUAGCCAAGUGUCAAAGUAGCUAAGGUAAGUUAUAUUUUUAUACUCGCACGGCUCAAUGUUUAAAAUGCGUAUCGCGUUUUAAAAUUUUCAAAUUACAUAUCAUAAACUGAGAAAUUAAAGAUAGUGACGCGUGAUUGAUCGAUGCAUCGACAAUUUCUUAUCGAUUUGGUCAAUAGAAUAAAUUUGUUAACGAAGAGUGACAAGUGCAAACAACAUGUCAAUAAAUGACGACCUUUUUUUGUUUUUCCUAACGUUUCAACUAAGAAAAUUUACAUAUUAAUGGAUGUUCGUCUAAGAAAAUCAGUGCAAAUAAGGAAAGACCUGUCUGGAAGGAUAUUAUUCACGAUACGAUGGAUAAUUAGGGCGAGAAGCAGGAAUUUCUCUUGACAAUCUAGAUCAUCUCUAAGGGGUGAAACGAUAAUAGAAUACAUCGAUUCAUUUUGUAAAAUCAACAGCUAUGUGCCUUCCUCCCCCUUCCUUCUCUUGCCCUUUCUUCAUAUCCCUAUAAAAUAAACCGCACUUGGCUUCAAUGGCACAUUCAACGUCUUUCCGUCUUCGCGUUAUCAUAUUUUCUUGCUCAUUGUUAUUUAAUUCUACGCGACUAGAAACACUUGGAUCCGAAUAUCUUCUUAGGAUCUACGGAACGCGAAAUGUUUGCUAUACAAACAAUCCGCAUAGCUGUACUGCUUGCCAUUGUUUUUCUGUUUGAUAAAUGUUCCGGUUAUCCAUCGAUAAAAUAUACACAAAAACAAGGAAUAACAUCUUGCAAUGGAUGUGGUGAUUCUUGCCACAAAUGCAAAUACGGUAUUGCGAUAUCGAGCGUUUGUGGCAUUGAGCAAUGCGCAAAGGGACCCGAUGAAUUGUGCGGAGGACCGCAAAACUUUCUUGGUAUUUGUGCCGAAGGUAUGCAAUGCAGCUGUAAUAAAUGCAUCGGUUGCAGCGCAGAGAAAUUUGAAUGUUCCAAGACACCAAAUCCUUGUUUGCCUCACAGAAGCUCGGAAUCCCGCGAUGUCAAUAAAUUUAGAAAAUGGUCUUCUAUCGCGAUCAAUUGAAAUCGAUUUAUAAAUUUGACGGAUCGUAUCGUAAUCGAAGGAGGAUUAAACGACAGUUUUAUUUCGCCAUUAUUCUUAAAUUAUACGUAUAUAGAUUGAUCGAAUAUUGUAACGAUAAUCGUAAUGCACUAUCGAGCAACGCUCAAUCUCCGACUAUCCAACUUAAUUGUAAUAAUAAUUUAAAAUGAAUCUACCGAAAAAUUAUUGGCAUUUGUACUUAAGUAUUUAUUUACUUACUUAUUUUAUACGCGAUCAUUAAGAGAGAGAGAGAGAGAGAGAAAGAGAGAGUGGGAAGAGAAAGAAAACAUCGAUAUAAGAGAUGAUAUUAAAGUAAAAAGAAAAUAUGUAUAUAUGUAUGUGUACAUGAAUGGACGGAGGAAAAUAGAAGAAACGAUGAAACGAUCGAACGAGAGAACGAACGAUGGAAAAUGGGCGAGAAAAAUGGAAAAGAAGCGGGAAUUCGAAUAAUUUUCGAUUCAAUUAUUUUUAUUUUUUUCUUUUUCCUUUUUUUUUUGCGUCACGAGAAAUAACAAAAAUAAAACAUCUGAAAAUUCUUUCGAUGCGAUUCAAUAAUAAUUUGGUUUGAAUUUACUUACAUACACAUACAUGCCCGUUUAUUACUUGUUAUUAAUAAUAAUGAAAAAAUAAAAAGAAAACGAUUCAACUGUCGUGAGUACUUCGAAAUAUGAU